GUGUAUUUUGCGGCCAACGGAUUUUCGUUUAGGAAUCAGAAAACGAAAAACGGGAAACGCCUCGUUUCCCGAUUUUAGUUUCAAAGUUUAAAAACGGAAAACGGAAAACGAACCGUUUCCUGAUUUUCAUUUCAAAAUGGGAAAAUAAAAAAAUGGAAAACGAGCCGUUUCCCGAUUUUUGUUUCCUGAUUAAAAAUUUAAAAAUGGAUUUUAAAAAUCCGGCGUGGAAAUCGGAUUUCUCAUUUUUCUUCAUUUUUGUAUCUUGACCCGGAAAUGAUCGAACUCUCGCGGCACACGCAGACAUUGGCGGUACGUUUGAUUUGAUUAGGAGCCAUGAUUCACAUAUACAUCUAAGAAGACAUGUCGUUGCACGAAUAUGCAGAUUUUAUUGCAGUAAGCAGAAUAAAUGGCAAGUGUUGUAGCGAAAUCGCAUCAAUGUUAUGCACCCACUUCGGAACAAGACGGGGUUUUUCUGAGAGGAAUGUGCGGAGAUGGUGUGCUGAGCAGGGGCUGCUCACACAAUUCUGUUCAGACAGCCAGCUUGAACUUGAAGUCGCUGAAGGUAUUGCUGAGUCAUUAAAGCUUCUGAAGGCAGAGUGGGCAAAGUGUUGAGAAGCAUUCAUCAACCCUAUCAUGCAGCAAGACAGCAGGGUGCCCGAAAUCUCAACCCCAUACCCUACAAUGCAGAAUACAUGGGUCAUAAGCUUCACUUAGAUCAAAAUGAAAAACUUGUUAUGUUUGGAGUGACCCAUGUCAUGGCUAUUGAUGGUUUCAGCAAGAAGAUUGUCAGUCAUUCCACCAUGCCGGUAAAAAACAUCAUCAUCAUUUACGAGGAUGUGUACAGACCUGCUCUGCUUUCUUGUGGACUGUGGGAUCAGGUCAGAGUUGACUGUGGGAAGGAGUUUUACCUGGCACUGUUCAUCCAGGAAAGGCUGGCACAAUACAGAUACAAUUAUGAGAAUAAGCCGAGUCAUGCUGUUUUAAAAUAUGCACAGAACCAUGUGAUUGAGAGAAUGUGGUCAGAGGUAAAUGCCCGAGUCAACUAUCCUCUGAAGACUGCUUUGGUACAACUGGUGGACAUGGAGGAACUGGACAUGGAGGACAGCACAUCCAAGUACUGUGUGUCAAACUUGACAUGCCAGAUGGCCAGGAUUGGUAUCACUAAUGUUGUAGAGGCAUGGAAUGCACACAGAAUCCCAGGAAAAGGAAUACCAAAUGAACUGGCUAAAGGGGGGUGUCCUGCAAAAAUUGCUGAGGAACUUCUGCCUAAUGGUGCCGCUGCAGCUGACCUGUAUCAGCAGGAGGUGGGAUCAGCCUUGAAGAGAGAUUCCAUUUUUGGACUGGAGCCUUUCUCCUCUGAAGAAGCCAAACAGUGGACUGAAACAGAGUUUGGUUCUCAUUUUGACUUGUUUUCACUUUACCAAAACGUGGUUCAUCAUAACUAUGGACCCUUUAAAGAUGCUGUUAGGUUUCUUAUUGACAUCACCAGAUGUUGUGUGUGAUCCAUUAGUGGUAUUCAAUGAAGAAACGAGUAAACUUCUCCAAAAAAAAUUUAUUACAGAGAAAACUACAAGCUGUUUCAAUUUAUAACAGUUCAAAUAAUUUGUAUUUACAAUCUUGUUUCUGAUUGUUGGCAAUAAAGGAGAACUUGCAAUUCUC